CAAACUUUGGGUGUUCGUUAUAAACUGGUGCAGCAACCAAGUAUCUCUAUGCGUCUUAUUCCUCUCUAGUCAACCAAGGGCUAGCUAGUUUAUUGCGAUCUUCUGCGCGCGGUAUCUCUUCUAGCUAAUUAAGGUCGGCCCGUCUCACUCCGGUCAAGGAUCCACAUGAAGCUGCCGAAAUCGUCUCGAUCCAGCGCAGUUUUGAUUGUACUGGAACUCUUUUUUUUUUUUUGCCACCUACAGGUUGAGCAGGUUGAGAUUCCUGCAGGCCUUUCUACGGGUUUGCUGCAAGCAUUUCGCAAAGGCAAUCUAGUUGAAUUGAACCAAGUUGGCUAGAGCCAUUGAAGUACUAGUUGAUUCAGAUACGGAAAAGCUUCAAAGCACACAAUCUUUGUAAUGUGAUAGUUACGCUACUAAUAAUCAAAAUGCUUACAAGGAUAUAACUAAUUUGCACAGGAGAAAUCCCAAGCAUUUUCUUGUCGCUGUUGACUCUUGUUUCAACUGACUGACACUGAAAUGAAAAUACAUGCACCAACCACUUUCUUAGUAUAUUCUUGGUCAUCCCUGCUUCAAUUGACAGCUUGAACUAAUGUAGCCUUAUCCUUUUACCUUUGUUACAUAUUUCCAAUCAACAGUGCAGAGACUAGACCACAUAUCUGAAGAUUUUUUCCUUUUUUACAAUGAUCUGCCAUUUUGUCUUUUAUGAUUUAUUAUUCCAUUAUCUCAUAUUUUAUCAUUUUGUCCUUUAUGAUUUCUUCCACCAUCUCAUAUCUUAUCCUAACUGCUUGAACUAAUGUAGCCUUAUUAUUUUUCCUUUUUGAAGGGCGCCUUUUAAAUAUAAUUAAAAAUGGAUUCAGAAGCUACUACGAAAAAAACAUUCUGGAGUGUCUGCUGCUCGAUAAAACUCUUCGUCCGAUCGGACUGGUACCUGCCAUCCUCACUUCUAAAAGACAUCACAAAUGAUUUCUCAGAUGAUCUGGUAAUUGGUAGAGGUGGGUUUGCAGUGGUUUAUAAGGGAAUGCUUAGAAAUGGGACAAUCGCAGUAAAAAAGCUGAAUAAUUCACUCGAAAUGCAUGAAGAUAAUUUCAAACAGGAAGUAACCUAUUUGGUGGGUGUAAAUCACAAAAAUAUAGUGCGAUUUUUGGGUUAUUGUUCUGACACACAAGGAAAAAUGUCGGACUAUAAGGGGAAGCUUGUCAUGGCUGAUGAAUGACAAAGGAUGCUCUGCUUUGAAUAUCUACCAAAAGGGUGUCUUCAUAAUUAUAUCACCGGUAGUAAUGUUUCUUUCCAUAUUUCUGAUCUUUGCUGAAGAUUAAUGUACAUGUGGAACCAUAUGGCAAAAUGAAUAUGAGGUUCCUUGCAUUCAUAUUUACAAAUUUCAAAUAUUUCAGAACUACACAAUUUUAUUUUCUUGCCAUUACAUACGCAUCUUGUGGACUAGAGUGGAGGGCGCGCUAUCAAAUAAUCAAGGGAGUUUGUGAAGGCUUGCAUUAUCUUCACCAAAAUGAUAUUGUUCACUUAGAUCUGAAACCUGCCAAUAUACUUCUAGAUGAUAACAUGGUACCAAAAAUUGCUGAUUUUGGUCUCUCAAGGUGCUUUGAUGAAAACCAAACCCAUGCUACGAUUUCAAAAGCUUAUGGAACAAUUGGCUAUAUGGCACCAGAAGCGCCUAAUAGAAAAAUCAGGCGCGAGCUAGACAUUUAUAGCCUUGGUGUAGUAAUCGCAGAGAUAUUAACAGGGCAGAAGGGUUAUCCGGCAGUUGAGAAUGUUCUAGAAACCUGGAAGACCAGGAUGGGAACAUCAGCGGGCAUACUGUUGGAACAAGUGAGGGUAUGUACCGACAUUGCCAUAGAUUGCAUGAGUUGUGACCCAAGAAAGAGACCACAUGUACAGCAUAUAAUUGAUAUGCUUAGUGGGAUGGAAAGUAUGAAUGUGUGUUGUACAGGUCGAGUGUGUGUUUCAAAAAUGCAUUCAGAAAUCAUGGCUAGGGAGCUACAUCAUACUGAGCGUGAGGUACCACCAGACUCAAGAUUUAAGGUGUCUUCUUCCCCAAAUAUGUAUGUACUUUCAGAAUUCAUGUCCCAUAACAUGCAUCUGGAGUGUGUUCUCAAAAUGCCAGUUGCAGUGCCUAUAGAGUCGUGGUACUAGUUAGGCCAGUCUCAAUGCAUAACUAAUUGUGCAUGUUGAGUGUCAUGGGGAUGAAACCCGUGUCUCAGUGUCAAAGUUCAGAUGUGUUAGAUGUAAGAAUGGAACGGCCAGGGACACUUUGAGGACAUCUCCAAUAAUUAUAUGUAUUCGCUAGCUUUAAAGAUUAUGUGCCACUUCCA